AUGCGUUUAGUCACUUAUUGGGAGCGCUUUUUUCGGCGGAAACACAUCACCCCAGGAUGCCUGGAAACGCAAUUGAAGAGAAAUCUCUCGACUUUGGACAUCACUCUGCUUGGCGUCGGUCACAUGAUCGGAGCUGGGAUCUAUGUGCUAACAGGAGCUGUUGUACGAAAUACGGCCGGCCCAUCGAUUGUUCUCUCAUUCUUGCUUGCCGGUUUCGCCUCGUUGCUCUCAGCGCUUUGCUAUGCGGAAUUUGGAGCUAGAUUCCCAAAAGCUGGCAGCGCUUACACGUAUGCGUACAUUGGAGUUGGUGAACUGUGGGCAUUUGUAAUCGGAUGGAAUAUCGUCCUCGAGCACAUGCUUGGAGCCGCUGCUGUCGCUCGUUCAUGGUCAGCCUAUCUGGACUCUCUACUAAACAAUCGGAUUCGCAACAUCACCGAGAAUGAAUUCGGAGUGAUUGAUAGCACCGUUUUUGGGGAGUACCUCGACUUUGUCGCCUUCUUGGUGGUAAUCCUCGUAGCGAUCUUUGUGGCACUCGGCUCAAAAACGUCGACAAUGUUCAACAACAUUUUCACUCUCAUCAACAUGGUGGUGAUAACGAUUGUCGUCGGCUACGGGAUGUCCUUUGCUGAUUUCUCUUUAUGGACAGGGCAAACCUCAUCCGGCGACUCGAAAUUCUUUCCAUACGGUUUUCAAGGAAUGUUGGCUGGAGCGGCCUCGUGUUUCUUUGCUUACAUUGGUUUUGAUGGAUUGGCGACAGCGGGAGAGGAAGCUAAGAACCCAUCUCGUUCGAUCCCACUCGCCACAUUCAUCUCAAUGUCAAUUGUCACGUUGGCCUAUAUCUUGAUGUCAGCUUCGCUUACUCUAAUGAUACCAUACAAUGUGGUUCACCCAUCAGCCGCCUUUGCGGACGCGUUUGAGCUAAAGGGAGCAACGGUUGCCCGAUUCGCCGUUUCUCUUGGAGCCCUUUGUGGAAUGACGACAAGUCUGGUCGGUGGAAUGUUUGCUUUACCUCGUUGCGUCUAUGCGAUGGCUCAAGACGGGCUUUUGUUCUCAUUUCUCGCGAAAGUCAACGAUCGAACAAAGGUACCCGUGAAUGCAGUGAUAAUCUUCUCAUUGAUGGUUGCAGUGAUCGCAUUGCUUUUUGAUAUUGAAACACUUGUCGAGUUUUUAUCAAUAGGCACACUGCUAGCGUACUCAAUCGUCUCACUUUGUGUGAUGAUUCUGCGAUAUCAACCGGCGCCUAUUGAAGGCUCUCCGGGGAAGGGACUCGAUCAUGGUGGUCGAGUGUACAAUUGGGUUCCGAUGAGCUCAUUCAUCAAUUCUCUUCACGCAGGCCAGUCCAUUGUCUGGGCGCUUAUUGUGAUGACCAUCUCAUUUUUCGCCAUCGGAUUAUGCUUCUCGACUGGAUUUUUCAAGCAAGGAGUCCUCGGAGCAAUUGUGACCGGGCUUGCGCUGACCAUCUCAAUUUUUUCUUUUCUUCUCGUCGCUGUUCAUCGUCAGAAUCGUCAACAGUUGGCAUUUAAAGUACAUUUUGUUCCGGUUGUUCCAUCGCUUUCUCUUUUUAUCAACAUUCAAAUGAUGCUCCAUUUGGCGCCGAUCACUUGGCUGAGAUUGGCCGUGUGGAUGGUGAUUGGAAUGGCAAUCUAUCUCUUGUACGGGAUUCGUCACAGCGCCGAGGAGAGGAUAUUGGCUGGGGCGAGAUUCACAAAGAGUAAAACCUACGAAACGAUGAGUGGACAUCACAAUGACGAUGAUGAUGGGGGGACAGUGGGAACGAUUGGGAUUGAACAUUUCGGGGAGAAGGACGAGAAAAAUGUGUUGCCAGAUCGCCCAUCAACGAGUCAAUCCACUUCAACUGGAGCCUACAGUAAUCCUGUGGUCGAUUUAGAGAAGAUUGAUAGCACA